CACUGAAAAGUAAAAAAAAAAAAAAAUCGGACAAUUUCGAUCUGAGAAGGUUAAGUUUUAACUAUUUUCAACUAAUGUAAUUCAAAACACGGAAAGGUGAUUGCGAGCAAUUUAUCGCCAGAUGUCCAAACCUUUACAUAACUUGCGUCUCGCUGCUGUUCUACCCGUAAAUAUGCCUCCAUUUUUUUCAAGUCGCCACACUUCUGGCAACAUUUGUUUUUUGUUCGAAAAAUCACUUUAUCAUCCUCUUUGCCUUGCACACAUUCGUUAAGCGGUGUCAAAAAAUUCACGAACAAACGUCAAAAACAUUUUAAACAAAGUUUCUCCUCUUGCUGCAUGAAUCAAAGAAAAAUUGGCCCAGAAACGUAAAUUACAUAUACAAAUACACAAAAAUUGAAGAAAAACAUACCGCUGACGUGUUUUCUUUUCUUGAAGCGUGCAAUAAUUAAUUUUGGCUAAAUAUAUUUUACAUCAUAAAGGUACUACGUGCGUCAGUCCCUUCUGUCGUAGACCGAACAACGCAGGGCAUAAGGCAAAUUUGUUGCAGGAACUGCCAAGCAAGACAAGGUGUUGUGCGGUGUGCUUGUGUUAGUAACAACAAGUGCGCUUGGAGUUGUAGCAGCGGCGCCAGUUAUAAUGGACGCCAAAAACGACGAUUCAGCCGGUAGCGACUCGCUGGACAAGUCUUUACAAAAGAAAUGUGUUGUCGAUGACGUUGGACAAGGUGAAGUUUCCACGGCAAAUGUAGCGCUGGCGCAAGGCAUUGGUGAUACAAAUACUAUACAAAAAUCGGAUACUGAAGCUGAAAAUCUACCUGCAAUUUCUAUUAAUUCCCAAAACAAGACUGAGAAAAGUGCAGGUGAUGGCAUGAGCGGUAUCCGUGUCGAAUCAAAUUGCUGUUUAGAUGGUAACUAUGUUGAAAACAUUCAUAAUGCUGACAUUACGAAAGAGAAAAAUCCCGCACAAUUGAUUGAGUCGCACGAAUCUGUUAAUUUAGCCGAUAUUAAUAGGCAUGAACAAGAAGAUAAUACGUCCGCGUUCGAGAAUGAGCAAGCCACAAUUUCCAAUAACACAGUAAGUGAUGUUGUAGAAGCUCCAAGUGAAUGUAAUUCUAAUAGUUGUAGCAACAACAGUACAAGUAGUAGCAACAAUAGUAAUGCCUUCGAAACAAAAGUAAAGCAGAUCUCCAAGAACCUCAAAGAGACCACACUAGCUGAGUGUGCGAACAAGAAAAACUCAGCUGAUGACAACAAUUCCACCUCGUCCGCUUCCUCGGCUUCUUCAACGUCGUCUACGCCGGAAUGUGAACAGGCAGCUGUGGAUGCUGCGACAGCGGCAUUAUACUCGUUAGGACCAAGUACCAGCGCGGCGGCGGCGGCAGCUGCAGCUGCGGCAGCGAGCGGUGUAUGUACUCAAGAUGAACAAGAUCAUCGCUCUAAAAAAGUACGGUUUCAUCCAGACGUAAAAGAAAACGAUGGUGGAAAUAGAGUUAUUCCAAAAAAGAAGAAAAAACUGAAAACCGCACAAGCAGGAAGUAGCCCUUCCAGUGGAUCUGGAACUGGUGAUGAAGCGUCUGGCGGUAGUCAGCGAGGUACUUCGACAGAAGAUGAAAUGGAAUUAGAUGAUGAAGAUGAUUUAGAAGAGGAAGGUACAUUUAGCAUAGCUAAAACAAUAGAAGAUGCUCAAGAUUAUCUAAAAGAGCAUCCCUUAACAUUUGCCGGUUCCUUCGACAAAAGUAAUGUCACUACCCAAAGUGGUCUGUUAGAAGAAGACGAUUUACCACAACUAGUAGAAAUAUCAGAAAACGACGACGAAGAAUUCUGUCUAGAAGAGAUGCCGGAGAAUGGCAUUUCAUGCAUUUUAGGCAAACAAAAUAAAUGCGGAAAGGUGGAGUUCCUGUUACGUUACAUUGAUCGACCUGGAUUAUUUUGGGAAUCAGAAGAGUUCAUUAGUCUGCGGUGUCCCAAUUUACUUAAUCAGUAUGAACAAUGUCGUGAAAGGCGUCAGGCGCGUUUAAUGAGUUUUGUGGCGAAGCGUCAAAACCUACGGCAACGAUACACAGACUUCUAGGAGCAAAUGUGUUUAUGUUGAGGAAGACUUGACUGGAACUACAACAAUAUAUCGCUUUAUAGAGUUUGCGGUGCAGAAAUGCUACUCACGAAAAAUUAUAUAUAUCUACAAAUUCAAAACAAUACAAAAGUAUGAAAUUUAAGAAAAAAAAAUUGCUGCUUCAGUAGAAUGGCAAUAUGUACAGUAAAUUUCAUGAUGCUCUGUAAGGGCACAGAGUAGAACAUAAAACCCAAUAAGAACUGUAAAAAUGCUACGAUAUUUUAGCAAUUUUCUUUCCCCAAUUUUCAAUUGAAAAAUUUAUACAAGAGAUUUUUUUUUUUAAGUUAUCACACAAAAAGCUUAAUUCAUAAAUUUUGAUAUUUUUUGCAAACAUGUAUUGAGAGAAUCGCAAGUACAUCUGCCGGAAGCAAAAAAAAAAAUAUUUUCUUAACUUGUGUAUGUAUAAAAUUUUUUAAUAAUUGUACUCAUUUAAUGAAACGCCACUAUAUAAAAUUGAAUGAAAUAUAGGGAAAGGGAUUGGAUAAUACAAAAAUACCAGCAACAAAGCACAUUGAGAAAACCUAAUAAAUUCAAUGAUAGUAAUAUAAUUAUAUAAUAAACUAUAAGCAAAAGUC